AUGGCUGAUGCACUCGUUUAUGUGGUUUUACAACAAUUGGCUUCAACAACAUAUCAGCAAAUAGAGAAAGAGGUGAAGUUGGUCUUGGAUGUUAAGAAAGAAGUUGCAAAAAUCACCAGCAAUCUCAAAGCUAUUCAAGCCGUUCUCGAUGAUGCAGAGAAGAGGCAAGUGAAGGAAGCCGUUGUGAGAGAUUGGUUGGAUAAGCUGACAGAUGUAUCGUACGAGAUGGACGACGUGCUGGACGAGUGGAACACUAAAAUUUUGAUGCAACAAGUUGACAACCAAGAAAAAGGAGGUGAUAUAACUCUUCUUGUUACCAAGAAGAAGGUAUGUUUGUUUAUUCCCUUCGAUUGCUUUUGUUUUGGCCUUGUCAGUCGAGUAAUUUGUCGUCGCGACAUUAAGCUUAAGCUAAAAGAUCUGAAUAACAAGUUGACUGAGAUUGCUGAAGAACGAAAAGCAUAUAAGUUUCGACACACAGAAGGAAGAGUUGAACAACCUGAACGGCAAAAAAGUUCAUCGUUUGUUGAUAUAUCUAAGACAUUUGGCCGAGAAAAUGAAAAAGAUAUUAUAGUAAGCAAGUUGUUGAGUGAGAGUAGUCAAGAAAUUGUAAGGGGUCCCCUUGUUAUCCCCAUUGUGGGGAUGGGAGGAAUGGGAAAGACAACUCUUGCACAACUAGCCUAUAAUGAUGAAAAUGUAAAAGCGCAUUUCGAAAGGAGAAUAUGGGUUUGUGUCUCUGAUCCUUUUGAUGAGAUAAAGAUUGCCAAGGCCAUCAUUGAUGGUAAUGGAACCCCAAACUCAGAUGAAUUGGAAGCUUUCUUGCAAUGUAUGUCAAAAUCUAUAGAAGGGAAAAAGUUCCUCCUUGUCCUAGAUGAUGUGUGGACUCAAGACCACAGAAAGUGGGAACAAUUAAAGUUACCUUUGCUGAAAGGUGCUAUGGGUAGUAGAAUACUGGUGACCACACGAAAAGAGGAAGUUGCUAUUAUGAUGGGAGCAAAGAUGAGCCACAUGAUCCAUUUGAAGCAAUUGAGUGAAGAAUCAUGUUGGUACUUAUUUUAUCACCUUGCAUUCUUUGACAAGGAAGAAGAUGAAUCUAAUGUGUUUGAAGCUAUUGGUAAGGAAAUUGUCAAAAAGUGUAAGGGUUUGCCUCUUGCUGCAAAGGCUUUAGGUAGUCUCAUGCGCUUUAAGAAAACUAAGAAAGAAUGGCAAGAUGUCUUGCACAGUGAGAUAUGGGAACUUGAAGAGUUUCUUAACCGAGAGGAAUGUUACAUAAUGGAGGUUAAGGAUGCUAACAAGAGAAUUGAGCUACCAAGUGAUAAGUUCCGCCAUUUGACCUUAAUCCUUGCAUCCGAUGAUCGAUUUAAAUGUCCUGUUCCUCCUCUUUCAUUUGACCAUUGCAAAGUUCUGCGCACCCUGUCAUGUUUCAAUUCAAGAAUCACUACCUUAGACCGAGAUCUCAUUUUGCAGUUGAAAUGUCUUAGGACUUUAAAUUUGAGUGGUAACAAAAUCAAUGAACUUCCAAAGGAGAUUGGCGAGUUGAUACAUUUGAGGCACCUUGCAAAACUACCUAAGGCCAUAGGGAAGCUGAUUAACUUAAAGCAUCUUCAUAUUAAGAACUGUUACAAGUUGAAGUACUUGCCAAAAGGGAUUGGGAGAUUAAGAAGUCUGCAGGUAUUAGAUGGUUUUAGUGUAUGUGCUGCUGACAACAGUGAAACACUCCAGUUAGGUGAUCUGGGAAUCUUGGACAAGCUUCAGGGUAGCCUUUUUAUCAAAGGGCUGGGGAAUGUGAGAGAAGCUAGUGAGGCUGAGAAAGCACAAUUAGUGAAUAAAAGACACAUCCUUCAUUUGGAACUAGAUUUUUGGAAUGGAGAUAAGCGAGGACAAGGAGAAAGAGAUGGAGAAAUGCUGAGUUUCUUAGAACCACCUCAAAGUUUGGAAUUUUUAUGCAUUAGUUGUUAUUGUGGCGGCACCUUCAGCUCUCCCAACUGGAUGAUUUCUCUACCUAAUUUGAGAACCCUUAUUCUUCGUUCUUGGAAAAAUUGUGAUUUUUUGCCUCCUCUUGGGAAAUUACCGUCCCUUCAAACACUGAGCAUAGAUGAUAUGCCUAGUGUGAGAAAAGUUGGAGUUGAAUUUUUGGGAAUAGAAGAAACUUCAGCAUUGUUAAAAUCAUCCUCACCAACUGUUUCAUUCCCAAAAUUGAAAAAGCUCAGCUUCUCUGGAAUGUGUAGUUGGGAAGAAUGGGAAGGAGUGGGAGGGUCGGUGGAAGAGGAUUCUGAAGUUAGAAUAAUGCCAUGCCUUUCUUCAUUGGAUAUUCUUAAGGCAGACAGCCUACGAACACUGCCCGUCUUCCUGCGAAAGACGCCACUGCGCGAUUUGACUAUCUAUAAAUGCUCUAUAUUUCUUGAACGCGGUUGCCAAGAAAGCAGAGGAGAGGAGCGUCUCAAGAUUUGUCACAUCCCAAACAUCGAAAUUAAUUAUAAGAGUGUUCGAGAAGACGGAGUCUGGAUCCAGCAAGAGGAUGAAACAGAGGAAACUGAUAGUUCUGAAUCUGAUGAGGAUGAUGAUGGGAUUGCACAAGAAUAG